CCCCCCCCCCCCCCAAUUGCGGGACUCGAGAACUUUGCCCUAAGGGUCAGAUUAAUCCAUGGGGCAGGCCAAGGCGAAGACGAGAUGAGUCGGAUUUAAAAGAAGAAGCUUUCUCCCAAGGAGGCACACUGGUUUUGGUUUCUUUCGAUGAUGGCGCCUAUUCUUUUUGUCAUCGUCGCAUUCCCAUGCACAGUCGGAGCCAUAGUGCUGGCGAUGCUCCACAUAUACAGGCACCUAUUGAACUACACGGAGCCUACUUAUCAGCGCUACAUAGUUCGCAUCAUCUUCAUGGUCCCGGUUUAUGCGUUGAUGUCUUUCCUGUCCCUUGUCCUAAAUAAGAGCUCAAUUUACUUUAAUUCGAUCCGUGAAGUCUAUGAAGCUUGGGUCAUUUAUAAUUUCCUUUCACUCUGCUUGGCAUGGGUGGGAGGUCCAGGUGCUGUAGUGUUGAGCUUAAGUGGUCGAGUUCUGAAGCCAUCAUGGUGCCUGAUGACAUGCUGUUUUCCUGCUAUUCCUCUUGAUGGACGUUUUAUACGGAGAUGCAAGCAAGGUGGUUUGCAGUUUGUGAUCCUGAAGCCUGUUUUAGUCGUGAUUACCUUCAUACUCUAUGCAAAAGGAAAAUACGAAGAUGGAAAUUUUAGCGUGGACCAAGCCUAUCUUUAUAUCACAAUUAUGUACACUAUAUCAUAUUCAAUGGCAUUGUAUGCUCUUGCCUUGUUCUAUGUGGCAUGCAGAGAUCUGCUUCGGCCAUUCAACCCAGUCCCAAAGUUUAUCAUAAUCAAAUCUGUUGUUUUCCUCACAUAUUGGCAGGGUGUCUUGGUUUUUCUUGCUGCCAAGUCUGGGUUUAUAGAAAAUGCAGAAGAAGCUGCUGAUUUUCAAAACUUCAUUAUAUGUGUCGAGAUGCUUGCAGCAGCUGUGGGCCACUUAUAUGCCUUCCCCUACAAGGAAUAUGCGGGUGCCAAUAUUGGUGGAUCCGGUGGUCUGAGUGGAAGCCUUGCUCAUGCUUUGAAAUUCAACGACUUUUACCAUGACACCGUUCACCAGUUUGCCCCAACCUAUCAUGACUAUGUGCUUUACAACAGUAAUGAUGGUGAUGAGGGAGCACGGAAGUAUCGAUCACGCACCUUUGUGCCAACCGGGCAGGAGAUGGAUGCUGUUAGAAGGAACAAACACAUGUAUGGGGGCAGAUUAGACGAGAUACAGCUGCCCAGCGUCUCCACAUCUGGCUCCAAUAGCCCUGUGAUAUCGAGCACAUCACACAACCAGAUGGACCUUGAAGCAAUCAAAUCUUCAUUGCUCAAAGAAAGUGCUGCUUCUGCUUCACAGCCAUAUGAUCUCUCAGUGUUGGUUGACACGGAUCUUUGUAAUUACCCUGCCAAGGUUCCUGCAGUUGAUGACUCGAACAAAAGAUGAUCUCUAAUGUUUUGUGAAUGCUUCAGCAAAACAGACAUUUUUAGCAAUCAAACAAGGAAGUUGUGUGUUGUGCUUGAGUGGGAGUGAUUUUUUUCAUAUAACAUGCUGAAACAUGUCCCUGCUGAUUGUGUCAAAUCGAUGCAAGCUCCCCAUUAAUAUACUUGUCAUAAUAUCCAUCAGUUUAUUGCUA